ACAAGUAAAGUACUGGGUCAAACGUGAGCUCAGCAGACCGGGUCUUCGUCUGGCUCUUGGGGGCCUUUGUACUUUGCAGUAUAGUAAAAAAAAUAGUUUUCGCUUUGUGUUAUCAAGGAAUGUAAUGACAGUUUGACUCUGAACAUUGAAUUUAUAUCAUUUAGCUUGACAAGUACGACGGAAACAUGGAGGGGUCUUCUUUCAAUGCUGCAACCAUUUUAAACACUAUCAUCAUUGCGUCCUUGGGAUAUUUGACAGUCAAGUGUAUCAGCGGCAUUCUCAAGUUCUUAAAGUUCAGGAGAAUAUUUAACGCAAUCCCUGGGGAACAGUCCUUCAAUCCUCUGUUUGGGACUCUGCACAAGUUUCCAGGGCCUAAUGAAGCAGGCAUUGAAUAUGACUUCAAAGUAAUGCAGGACGUUGCUCCAAAGAUAGUAAGGGUUUGGGCAGGACCAUUCCUUCCUGUAAUUAUAUUACAUCACCCCGACACCGUCCGACACCUGCUCAAGUCCUCAGAGCCGAAGCCCAGGGGACAGUAUGUAUCAGGGCCGUAUGACAUGGGAGUGCCCUGGUUGGGGGAGGGUCUGCUUAUUGCAAAUGGAGCCCGGUGGGCUAGGAGUCGGCGCCUUCUCACUCCAGCCUUCCAUUUUGACAUCCUCAAACCUUACAUUUCCAUCAAUAAUCAAUCUUCUAAUGUUUUAUUGAACAAAAUAACAGAACACAGCAAGACAGGGAAAACCUUUGAAGUGUUCAACGUCAUCAGCCUCUGUGCCCUUGACAUUAUCCUCAGGUGUGCCUUCUCCUACACCAGCAACUGUCAGACUGUCGGAGAGAAUCAUCCUUACAUUCAGGCUGUCAACAACCUCACGACACUGUGGUCGGACCGAUCUCUAAACCCCCUGUUAUACACUGACUUUGUGUAUUUCCGGAGCCCGAGUGGCCGCAAGUUCCUCAAGGCUUGUGACUAUGUGCAUCAAGUUGCUGAGGAAAUUAUUGAGUCCAGGAGGAAAGUUGUGAAUGAGAAUGGUCCAACAACUCAGGACAACGGAAAGAAGAAGAUUCUUGACUUCUUGGACAUUCUCCUGACGGCCAGAGACGAGGAUGGGAAUGGUUUGACCUCACUAGAGAUCAGGAACGAAGUGGACACUUUUCUAUUUGAGGGUCACGACACAACAACGAGUGGUAUGUCCUGGAUGUUGUACCACAUGGCUAAACACCCAGAGUACCAGACUCGAGUCCAGGAAGAGAUAGACGCCAUUUUGAAGGGGAGGGAAUCGGACAACAUCCUUUGGGAAGAUCUUCCCAAACUGGAAUACUUUUCUCUGUGUUUGAAGGAGUCGAUGAGGAAUAGAACACCAGUCCCUUUCAUAGAGCGUGAACUGACGAAGGACAUUGUCCUUGAUGGAUAUCACGUCCCCAAAGGCACUUUUGUGGCUGUGCAGCUAUACAAUCUGUGCCACAACCCCCACGUGUGGGAGCGCCCCCUGGACUACUAUCCUGAGAGAUUUCUUGCUGAGGAGGUGAAGGCACAGGACCCCUUCGCAUACGUUCCAUUCUCAGCUGGACCAAGGAACUGCAUCGGACAAAACUUUGCUAUGCAUGAAAUGAAGGUCGUCCUUGCAAGAAUACUUCACAGGUUCACACUACGCCUUGAUGAAGAUCAUGUGGUCAAGAUGAAGAGCAUGGCUGUACUGAGGACAGAGACUGGCAUCAUGAUGUAUGCCACGCCGCGGACCCCGGCCUGAUCUCCACCUGAUGGCACCAGCGUGUACACCAAACACACUUCCACGGGGAUAGUACCAUGGUACAGGAAUUACGAAUGUGCUUCUUAUCAACUGCUCCAACUUGAAUUGUUUGAUAGGCAUUACUUAGAAGUUGACGGAUGACAAAGUAGACACAAUAUAUGGAUAACAACUUCUUUAUUACUGUAAAGGCAAUGUUUCAGUAUAGAUCCUUAUACCAUUGUCAAGCAAGACUGGGUGUUGAUUGCCACGUCUCCAUGUAGACAACGGAUGAAUUGUUUGAUAGGCAUUACUUAGAAGUUGACAGAUGACAAAGUAGACAAAGUAUCAAACAAUUCAUCCGUCGUCUGAAUGGAGACGUGGGAAGCAACACCAGCUUUGCUUGACAACGGUAUAAGGAUCUAUACUGAAACAUCGCAUUUACAGGAUUGAAGAAGUUGUUAUCCAUAAAUUGCGUGUACUUUGCUCCAACUUAACUGUCAGUCUCUAAUACUGACUGUUUAUUCUUCACAAUUCUGGUGUUUAUUCUGUAAACAAGGUCAUGAAAUAAGUCUCCAAUUAAUUGCGACCUCAUUGUGCAGGUUAAGCCCCCAAGGUUGUGCAAUCAUGCUCUGAUACUAUGUUCUUUGAUACGAUAUUGUAUUUCUAAAUUAAAGUUACACCAUAGUUACACAUAGUUAAUUGGCGAUUAAAUUACUCACCAUUGUCUUUUAUUUUAUUACUUCAGAAAUUUAUUUUAUUUUACGGGCACUAAUUUGGUGUCGCACCAUGUAAACACAAAAUGGUGACGUGUGUUAAACAAGCAACCAAUCAUUGUAGAAAAAACAAUGCAAGAUAAACAUAUUUGCUCAUAUAUUAAUCAUAUUAGGCAUAUUAUCUUUAUCACAACUCAAGAAGUGUUAACCAUAGGCAAUACAAACAUAUUCCAAGUGAUCUUCAGGGUCAGGCAUUUGUUGUGUGACCUUCUUUGAAGGUCAAGGUAACUGUACAGAAUCAACCACCUGGGGUGGUCUGACAUGUAGUUUGUAAGUGCUAGCAUCCAUGUUGACAACUAGAAAUCUUCUUGCAUGUCAUCGUCUGAAAUUGAAAAGUCUUUGUAAAAAGUGUGUAAUGAUUUCCAGACCACUGAGGAAACAACAGUGAAGGGGUCAGCUCCUGUUGAACUUUCCAACACACAUCAAGUUUUACAAGCAGGCCUCAUUAAUGAUGUAAAAGUUUUGCUCAGUGUGGCACGACAUUCCACUAUGAGCUGUGUCAAUAAUUGUGUUUGUGUUUGUUGUCAAAAUAAUCUCUUGUACUAUAUUAAUGGCUCAAAAUGAGACAAAGUUCCUAAUGUUAUUUUUGCAUUGGAGCUACAUAACCUUUCCAUGUACUGUUUUAACAUGCAUGAACAUUUACCAAUGAGUGUUAUGAUUUAGUUGUGAAGUUCCCUGUAGUUGUGUUCAUUGUUGACGCUGGUUGUGUCCGAGUGAUGACAGAUUGUGUCCGAGUGAUGACAGGCUGUGUCUGCUUUGGGGAGGAAGAGUCUGAGAUGAAGGAAAACAGACGAUUCCGAAAAAUUUAACAGUGUAACGAAUUCUUGAAAAUCAUUUAUGUAUGAGUGUAGUUCCAAAGUUGGAUGUCGGUUAAAAUCUUGAUUCCUUAAGUUUGGGGUUGGGUUGUAACAGGUCUGAAAGUUUUCAAUCCAAAAAAUGAACUUUGCCGAGAUUUUAUAGUUUGGGUCACUAAAAACCGUCUCUAAUUAUCUUGUUUUCAUCCUGAAACUAACAGCAUCACAAUACAAGAUCAUGCCAGUUGUAAAAAAUUGUUUGGUGUGUUGGUGUUUUAUGUUGCACAUUAACUUUUGUUGAAAUGUAUGCUUUAAAUCUUCGAUUUUUUAUGUUUUUGCAUUUUGAAAAAUGUUGAGUCUCACAAUUCUGUUUAAGAGAGUGUGUAGGGAUAUAUUUCAACUGUGCUGUCGAGUGUUGCAGCUGACUGUGCAGAGUUGCAUCCCUUUUCCAUCCCAGAAUCUGCUAUUACUUGGCUUCAUUCCUAGAUUUGCCCUGAUUAGCAUCGAUACGUUUUGUCUGAAGAUGGGGGCCACCAAGAAGCACAUAAUACAAGUGUGUGAGGUGGCGUGAAAUGAGGUUCAACAUCUUGAUCAAUAUUAUUGCACUUGUAUAGCGACGUGCUUGCAUGCAUGUGCAUGUGUAUGUGUGUGCUUACUUGUACGUAUGUGUGUACAUGUGCAUGGUAUAUGCUAGCUCUCUGAGAUACCAUGCCAAAGUUUAACUUAGAUACCCAACUCCGACACAGUUUAAAGUUUUAUCUCCUAAAGGGGAAGUUUACACACAAAAAUCACUUUCUGUCUUAUUUGAAACAAAACGCAAUUUUAGAAUUAGUUAAUAUCAAUGUUUGAAAAUAUAUCCUCAUUUUUCUCACAGUGAAAAUAGUAAGCUCACAAUAAGUGUGAAAAUGUUAUGUUGUUAUGAGGCUAAACAUGCUUGACUUAUCCCCCUUAGAUUUUGAAGUAUUUGGUGCUGAAUAAACUGGGUCCCUGUCUAGUCUCAACACAAUAGAUAAGAAGUACCAGUUUAGGGUGAGACAACAUGGCAUCCGAUACAUUGUCUGAUUCCGAAGUUCCCUUGACCCAUCAAGAAAUCCUAAAACUAUACACUUAUGAACCAAUGGAGGAUAUUGAUGAAGAUGACUGAUUAAUACUGGAUGAUGAGCAAUUUUUCGCUCAUCUUAAGUUAAAUAGAUGAUGAAAUAAUAAAUAACAGGAUAUGGCAGAGCUGUGUGCUAUUAAUAGGACUGUAAUGAUAUGGUAGUACUUCCUUACGGUAUCCCAAUUGUGUGGAUCAAUACUCAUGAUGUCAAUCACUGGAUUGUCUGGUCCAGACUCGAUUAUUUACAGACCGCCGUCAUAUAGCUAGAAUAUUGCUGAGUGCGGCGUUAAACAACAAACAACAACAACAACUUCCUCACGAUACGAUUCAUCUCUAUGAAUCUAAUGUCAUGAUGCUACUGUGGCAGUAGGCGAUAUACACAUGUUCAUUUGAAUCAUUGUCUUUAUUACAUAUGUAUCAAUUUAUUAACAGGGCCAUGGGUGGCAAGUCGUCUAAGGCGCCGUGAUUCGCUGUGCAGAGUUGUGUCCCUUGGGCAGGCCAGAAACCUGUGAUUGUGGGUUUGAAUCCUGGUUCAUCCAGAUUACGUUUCUAGGUUUGUCAGCACCAUACC